GGCUGCUCAGCCGCCCUCAGAACUUCCUCUCCUGUAACUGAGUUUGCCUCUUCCCCGCCUUUCCCGGGCUCUCGGCAGAUCUCGGGGGGAUCUUGAGCGCGUGCAGGCGGCCGCACCCGGCGAGCCCCACGGCUGGGGGCGGAGGUCGGGAGCGCCGGCUCGGGCCCGCGAUGGCGGGGUCCUGGCUCAGGUGGGGGCUCCUGCUCUGGGCAGGGCUGCUCACUACGUCCGCUCAGGGCCGGGUACGGAGGAUCACGUACGUGGUGCGCCCGGGCCCCAGCCUGGCAGCGGGAGCCUUGCCCCUGGGCGGGCCCCCGCGCCCGCGGACCUUCAACGUCGCGCUGAACGCCAGGUACAGUCGCAGCUCAGUGGCUGCCGGGCCCCCCAGCCGUGCCUCCCCAGGGGUACCGUCGGAACGGACUCGGCGCACGAGCCAGCCUGGUGGCGCUGCCCUGCAGGGGCUCCGGCCACCACCGCCACCGCCUGAGCCGGCGCGUCCCGGGGGCUCCGGCGGGCAGCUCCACCCCAAGCCCGGAGGUCACCCGGCGUCUGUGCAGUUCGCCAAACAAGGCAGGCAAGUCGUGCGAUCCAAAGUGUCGCAGGAGACUCAGAGCAGCGGGAGCUCAAGGCUGCAGGUUCACCAGAAGCAGCAGCUGCAGGGGGUCAAUGUGUGUGGAGGGCAGUGCUGCCACGGCUGGAGUAAGGCCCCUGGCUCCCAGAGGUGCACCAAACCCAACUGCGUUCCGCCAUGCCAGAACGGAGGGAUGUGUCUCCGGCCUCAGCUCUGUGUGUGCAAACCAGGGACCAAGGGCAAAGCCUGUGAGGUAACGGCGGCCCAGGACACCGCGUCACCCGUCUUUGGAGGGCAGAGUGCUGGGGCUGCUUCCUCCUGGGCCCCUGCUGAGCCAUCAGUGAAACACACUUCGUCUAAGAAGGCAGACACGCUACCAAGAGUCAGUCCCGUGGCCCAGAUGACCUUGACCCUCAAGCCGAAGCCUUCAGUAGGACUCUCCCAGCAGAUACAUUCUCAAGUGACACCCCUUUCCUCCCAGAACGUGAUGAUUCAUCACGGCCAGGCCCAGGAGUACGUGCUCAAGCCCAAGUACUUCGCAGCCCAGAAGGUGCUCUCGGGGGAGCAGUCCACGGAAGGUUCGUUCCCUUUCAGAUUCGGGCAGGAUCAAGUCUCCGCACCUUUCCAGUUGAGUAACCACACUGGUCGCAUCAAGGUGGUCUUUACUCCGAGUAUCUGUAAAGUGACCUGCACCAAGGGCAGCUGUCAGAACAACUGUGAGAAGGGGAACACCACCACUCUCAUUAGUGAGAAUGGUCAUGCUGCCGACACCCUGACGGCCACGAACUUCCGAGUGGUAAUUUGCCAUCUUCCAUGUAUGAAUGGUGGCCAGUGCAGCUCGAGGGACAAAUGCCAGUGCCCGCCGAAUUUCACAGGGAAGCUCUGUCAGAUCCCGGUCCACGGUGCCAGCAUGCCCAAACUUUAUCAGCAUUCCCAGCCGCCGGGCAAGGCCUUGGGAACGCACGUCGUCCACUCCACACAUACCUUGCCUCUGACCAUGAAUGGUCAGCAAGGAGUCAAAGUGAAGUUUCCUCCCAACAUAGUCAACAUCCACGUGAAGCACCCUCCUGAGGCUUCGGUCCAGAUCCAUCAGGUUUCACGAAUCGAUGGCCCAACGGGCCAGAAGGCGAAAGAAGGCCAGCCAGGCCAGUCCCAGAUCUCCUACCAAGGGCACCCCGUCCAGAAGAGCCAGACCGUCCAGAAGAGCCAGACCGUCCAGAAGACCCAGACCGUGCAUUCCACGUACUCCCACCAGCAAGUCAUCCCUCACGUCUACCCCGUGGCCGCGAAGACCCAGCUUGGCCGGUGCUUCCAGGAAACCGUCGGGUCACAGUGUGGCAAAGCGCUCCCCGGCCUCUCCAAGCAGGAGGACUGCUGCGGAACCGUGGGCACCUCCUGGGGCUUUCACAAAUGCCAGAAAUGCCCCAAGAAGCCAUCUUAUCACGGAUAUAACCAAAUGAUGGAAUGUUUACAAGGUUUUAAGAGGGUUAACAACACCUUUUGUCAAGAUAUUAACGAAUGCCAGCUGCAGGGCGUGUGCCCCAAUGGUGAGUGUUUGAAUACCAUGGGCAGCUAUAGAUGUACCUGCAAAAUGGGAUUUGGGCCGGAUCCUACCUUUACAAGUUGUGUUCCGGACACCCCUGUGAUCUCGGAAGAGAAGGGGCCCUGUUACCGUCUGGUCAGCCCCGGAAGGCAGUGCAUGCACCCCCUGUCCGUGCACCUCACCAAGCAGCUCUGCUGUUGUAGUGUGGGCAAGGCCUGGGGCCCACACUGUGAGAAAUGUCCCCUGCCAGGCACAGCUGCUUUUAAGGAAAUCUGUCCUGGUGGAAUGGGUUAUACGGUUUCUGGCGUUCAUAGACGCAGGCCAAUCCAUCACCAUGUAGGUAAAGGACCUGUAUUUGUCAAGCCAAAGAACACUCAACCUGUUGCUAAAAGUACUCAUCCUCCACCUCUCCCAGCCAAGGAAGAGCCAGUGGAGGCCCUGACUUUGUCCCGGGAGCACGGGCCAGGAGUGGCGGAGCCAGAAGUGGCAACUGCACCCCCUGAGAAGGAAAUACCUUCACUGGAUCAGGAGAGAACCAGACUUGAGCCUGGGCAACCCCAGCUCUCUCCAGGCAUUUCAACUAUUCAUCUGCACCCACAGUUUCCAGUAGUGAUUGAAAAAACAUCACCUCCUAUACCUGUGGAAGUAGCUCCUGAAGCUUCUACCUCAAGUGCCAGCCAAGUUAUUGCACCCACUCAAGUUACAGAAAUCAAUGAGUGUACUGUGAACCCUGACAUCUGUGGAGCAGGACACUGCAUUAACCUGCCGGUGAGGUACACCUGUAUAUGCUACGAGGGCUACAAGUUCAGCGAGCGACAGAGGAAAUGUGUUGACAUUGACGAAUGCACGCAGGCCCAGCACCUCUGCUCCCAAGGGCGCUGUGAAAACACGGAGGGAAGUUUCCUGUGUAUUUGCCCCGCCGGAUUUAUGGCCAGCGAGGAGGGUACCAACUGCAUAGAUGUUGAUGAGUGCCUGCGGCCGGACGUGUGUGGGGAAGGUCACUGCAUCAACACCGUGGGGGCGUUCCAGUGCAAAUACUGCGACAGCGGGUACCGCAUGACCCCAGGGGGACACUGUGAGGACAUUGAUGAAUGUUUGACUCCAACCACUUGUCCGGGUGAGCAGUGUGUGAAUUCUCCUGGAUCUCACCAGUGCGUCCCCUGCACAGAAGGGUUCCGUGGGUGGAACGGGCAGUGUCUCGAUGUGGAUGAGUGCCUGGAACCGAAGGUCUGCACCAACGGCACUUGCUCCAACCUCGAAGGCUCCUACAUGUGCUCCUGUCACAAGGGCUACAGCCCGACUCCAGACCACAAGCACUGCAAAGAUAUCGAUGAAUGCCAGCAAGGGAACCUGUGCAUAAAUGGGCAGUGCAAGAACACCGAGGGCUCCUUCAGGUGCACCUGUGGGCAGGGCUACCAGCUGUCCGCUGCCAAAGACCAGUGUGAAGACAUCGACGAGUGCCAGCACCAGCACCUCUGCACCAACGGGCAGUGCAGGAACACGGAGGGCUCCUUCCGCUGUGUCUGUGACCAGGGUUACCGGGCAUCCGCCCUCGGGGACCACUGUGAAGAUGUUAACGAAUGCUUGGAAGACAAGAGCGUGUGCCAGGGAGGAGGCUGCGUUAACACCAAAGGGUCCUAUGAUUGCACGUGUCCGGACGGGUUCCAGCUGAACGACAACAAAGAGUGUCAAGAUAUUAAUGAAUGUGAGCAGCCUGGGCUCUGUGGUCCUCAUGGAGAGUGUCUAAACACAGAUGGUUCUUUUCACUGUGUCUGCGAACAGGGUUUCACAAUCUCUGUAAGUGGCCGUACAUGUGAAGAUAUUGAUGAGUGUGUAAACAACACUAUUUGUGACAGUCACGGGUUUUGUGACAAUACGGCCGGCUCCUUCCGCUGCCUGUGUUAUCAGGGCUUUCAGGCCCCACAGGAUGGGCAAGGGUGUGUGGAUGUGAACGAAUGUGAACUGCUCAGUGGCGUGUGCGGCGAAGCCUUUUGUGAGAAUGUGGAAGGCUCCUUCCUGUGUGUGUGUGCUGACGAGAGCCAGGAGUACAGCCCCAUGACCGGGCAGUGCCGCUCCCGGGCCUCCGCAGAUGUCGAGGUGGAGCAGCCCAAAGAAGAAAAGAAGGAGUGCUACUACAACCUCAACGACGCCAGUCUCUGUGACAACGUGCUGGCCCCCAAUGUCACCAAACAGGAGUGCUGCUGCACCUCCGGCGCUGGUUGGGGGGACAACUGCGAGAUCUACCCCUGCCCGGUCCUGGGGACAGCUGAAUUCACUGAAAUGUGUCCUAGAGGGAAAGGUUUUGUCCCCGCCGGAGAGUCCUCUUACGAAGCUGGUGGCGACGACUAUAAAGAUGCGGACGAGUGUCUACUUUUUGGACAAGAAAUCUGCAAGAAUGGCUACUGUUUGAACACCCAGCCUGGUUAUGAAUGCUACUGUAAGCAGGGGACAUACUACGACCCCGUCAAACUGCAGUGCUUCGAUUUGGAUGAGUGCCAAGACCCCAGCAGCUGUAUCGAUGGCCAGUGCAUCAAUACAGAAGGCUCCUAUAACUGCUUCUGCACCCACCCCAUGGUCCUAGAUGCUUCAGAAAAAAGAUGCAUACGACCAUCGGGAUCGCACGAACAAGUCGAAGAAACCGACGUCUACCAAGACCUGUGCUGGGAGCACCUGAGCGAGGACUACGUGUGCAGCCGGCCCCUGGUCAGCAAGCAGACCACGUACACAGAGUGCUGCUGUCUGUACGGCGAGGCCUGGGGCAUGCAGUGCGCCCUCUGCCCCAUGAAAGAUUCAGACGACUACGCGCAGCUGUGCAACAUCCCCGUCACAGGACGCCGGCGGCCGUACGGACGGGACGCCUUGGUCGACUUCAGCGAACAGUACUCUCCAGAAGCUGACCCCUACUUCAUUCAGGACCGAUUUUUAAAUAGCUUUGAGGAGCUGCAGGCUGAGGAAUGCGGCAUCCUCAAUGGGUGUGAAAAUGGCCGCUGCGUGAGGGUGCAGGAAGGCUACACCUGCGACUGCUUCGACGGGUACCACCUGGAUAUGGCCAAGAUGACCUGUGUCGACGUGAACGAAUGUGACGAGCUGAACAACCGGAUGUCUCUCUGCAAGAACGCUAAGUGCAUCAACACCGAGGGCUCCUACAAGUGUUUGUGUCUGCCAGGCUACGUGCCUUCCGACAGGCCGAACUACUGCACUCCGUCGGAUGCCGCCCUGAGUCUAGAGAAAGACAGUGACCUGGAGUGAAUGAAUGUCCGCAUAACUGAAGCCCGUACACUCUGCACUGUGUAAAGGAAAAGAGAGAAAUGUAUUAUACUUGAGACAUUGUACCUAACCCAGCAUGCGGGGAGCAACGGGAACAUCGCGGUAUUGCAUACUCUCGGAAGACGAUGCGAGGAUUCGGUGUGCGCCUGACUGGUGGAGCAGACCAAAUGGACAUUUCUCUGAAAAACCAGUAUAUAUAGUCUGUUCAUAUGUAAAAUUCAGUGGAAAAGAGGUGGAGCAGUGCUGUUAUUUUAAACAGAAGUUUGUAUUAUUAUGUUGUCUUGUUUUUUUUUUAUUAUUGCUUGAUUAAAUUUGGCAUUUAAAUAGUGGUGGAAAUAUUUUAUAUGAUUUUCAUUUUUUGGUUGUGCAGUUCCUUGGCUAUUGUUUUUCUUUUCCCUCAGAUUUUUUUUAAAGUCUCAAGUGCACAAGUCGUUGAUAAAAUAUUGUUAAAUUGUAUUGUAAGUAUUGUGACACAGGGUUAUGCUAUUCCUAGUCUGGAACAUUUUUAAAUUCAACUUGUCUGUCCUGUGGAGCAGAUGAGCUUUGUUUCAAAACUUUUAUACACAUUUGGAGAAAAGUACUUUGUAUUUACGGUGUAUUGUCUGAUCUUGAUGUCCAUCCGUAGCCAAGCUGCUGGCAGGUGUCGGUUGGUCCCUCUCCCACGCCGAAGUGGAAGCACCAGUGAGCACAUGAGUGCCGAGGUGUGGGAAGUGCGCCCAGCAACAUUGUGUGACAACUCGAUGAUCCCAGCAUAUUUACCAUUGUAUAUGAAAGCAAAAUAAAUCACCAUUUUUUUUAGAAAAAA